GGAUGGGCCAGCCGCCGUCAAGCAGCGCUCACUGACGUGAAAGUAUUGUCAGAAAGCGCGCCAAAAGAGAUUUCAGGUUAUAUCGUGUUGCUUGUGAUUAAAACAGAUCAAAAUGGCAUCAACAAGCAAGGUACCUCUUCAGGCCAGGAAUUUGCCAUGGGUUGAAAAGUACAGACCACAGACGCUGGAUGAUUUGAUCUCACAUCAGGACAUUCUGAGUACAAUUCAGAAGUUCAUUAGAGAAGACCGACUGCCUCACCUGCUGUUUUACGGGCCUCCGGGAACAGGAAAGACCUCCACCAUUUUAGCCUGUGCUAGGCAGCUCUACAAGGAUAAAGAGUUCAACUCCAUGGUUCUGGAGCUCAACGCUUCAGACGACCGUGGUAUAGACGUGGUAAGAGGCCCCAUCCUCAGCUUCGCCAGCACCAGGACCAUUUUCAAGAAGGGUUUUAAGUUGGUGAUUCUGGACGAGGCGGAUGCCAUGACCCAGGACGCUCAGAACGCUUUAAGGAGAGUGAUUGAGAAGUUCACAGAGAACACUCGGUUCUGUCUGAUCUGUAACUACUUGUCUAAAAUCAUCCCUGCGCUGCAGUCACGAUGCACACGCUUCCGUUUCGGGCCUCUGUCCCAGACUCAGAUGAUCCCCAGACUCGAGCAUGUCAUCCAGCAGGAGAGCAUUGAAAUCACUCCAGAUGGCAUGAAGGCUAUUGUGACCUUGUCAACAGGAGACAUGAGGCGAUCGUUAAACAUUCUACAGAGCACUCAUAUGGCCUAUGGGAAGGUGACUGAGGAGACGGUUUACACGUGCACAGGACAUCCUCUGCGCUCAGACAUCGCCAACAUACUGGACUGGGCCUUGAACAAAGACUUCACCACGGCAUAUAACCAAAUCCUACAGCUGAAAACUCUGAAAGGUUUAGCGCUGCACGACAUUCUGACCGAGCUGCAUCUUCUCAUACACAGAGGUGAGAAAGGGCGUUGGGGGCGUGCCUAUAAAAUGACUGAGAGGAGCCAAUCUAAAUACAAACACAUAUUCUGGACCGGAAGCAGGAUUCCACGCAACUAUAUUGGAUUUUCCUCCAGCGAUUCGGAUGGGCUUGCUGAUAAAGCUUGCAGACAUCGAGUAUCGCCUGGCCUCUGGAACCAGUGAGAAGAUUCAGCUGAGUUCAAUGGUGGCUGCUUUCCAGGCAGUUAGAGAUAUAGUAGUCAGUGAUGGCUAGUCCAGUUAUAUAUCUCUCUCUCUCUCCCACACACACACACACACACACACACACACUCUCUCACUCACUCAAAUACACACCACAAACCUGUUUUCCGUCUAUGACCCAAGAAUCUGACACAAUGAAAUGUGUAGAAUAAAAUCAAGUUUGUUAUAUCUAUUAAAAGCCAGUGUUACAACAUCAAUAUAUAUAUAUAUAAUGUAAAAUUGUUUAAAUAAAUUUGUAUUUCUUA